GUUUAUAAUCAGCACAUAUAUAUAGUUAAAGUUAAAACGAAGCUCUAGGGUUUGUUGGGCGUGCUCCGUUUUUUAAUCACUUCGGAAGCAAAAUCCUCAGCCAAGAAUGCCUAAGCAAAUCCACGAGAUCAAGGAUUUCCUUCUCACUGCCAGAAGGAAAGAUGCACGCUCUGUGAAAAUCAAGAGGAGCAAAGAUGUGGUCAAGUUCAAGGUUCGCUGCUCCAAGUACCUCUACACACUUUGUGUGUUCGACUCAGAGAAGGCCGACAAGUUGAAGCAGUCUCUUCCCCCAGGUUUGAGCGUCCAAGACCUGUGAAUGUGAGCUGGACCAAGGCGCUUGUUCAUGGUUUCUAGGAGAUGAGAACUAGAUUUUACAUUUCAUGAUGUUUUGCUAUAGUUAAAGGACUGUGUAAGGGCUAUGCGCGAGGUUUUCUUUUUAUUGUUAUCAUUAGGAGAAUGUGGGUGAUUCUGCUAGCUGAUUUAUGGAAAUUUAAACUUGAUUUACAUUUUGCAGCUUUUAUGUCAUAACAUUUGUUUGGCUAGAGUGCUUUAAGAAGUUUUGACAAACUACAAAUUUGGGACAUAACUGAUUGUAGUCAGCAGUUUGCAUGCUUGUGUUUUUUCAUGCUGUUUUCUUUAAAGUUA